AUGGUAAAGGAGGAUAUUGCAAAUGACAAUGACAAUUCUGAGCCAUCAGUAUGUGAGAGAAAUGGCAUGAUUCCCAUGCAUGAGAAAAGCGAGGAGGGACCAACAGUAGAUGCUAAAGGUACUGAUGGGAACACACAAACAGAAGAAACGGCUCUCUUGAAUCAUCAUGCUCAGCAACCUCCAGAAGUGGCAGCAGGGUCUUCAAUACCCGCAAGAACAUGGAGGCAAAUAUUUACUUGUCCUCCUCAGGGUUUACUGGCCCGAACAGUGACAAACGUUGCAAUCGUGGUCCUGGUUUGGGCUGUGGUUUGGUCCAUCACUGGGACUGAGUGUCUCCCAGGUGGAAACCUGUUUGGAAUUCUGUUUCUUUAUUUUUUUGCUGUCAUUGGAGGUAAAAUUUUUGGAUUCAUUAAAAUACGAACACUACCCCCUCUCCCUGCUCUUCUGGGGAUGCUACUUGCUGGUUUCAUAAUCCGAAAUACCCCGUUCGUUAGUGACAUCGUCCAGAUAAACCUACGCUGGUCUGUAGCACUGAGGAAUAUCGCUCUUUCCAUUAUCUUGACCCGAGCAGGACUCGGCCUGGAUCCAAAGGCUCUUAAGAAACUCAAAGCAGUCUGUUUACGGCUUUCUUUCGGACCAUGCAUCUCAGAAACAUGCACAGCUGCUGUUCUUGCCUACUCGUUCAUGCAUUUGCCAUGGCAAUGGGGAUUUAUAUUAGGUUUUGUUCUAGGUGCAGUCUCCCCUGCUGUGGUGGUUCCCUCAAUGCUGAUUUUACAAGCUGGGGGAUAUGGGGUGGAGAAAGGCGUCCCAACUUUGCUAAUGGCAGCUGGCAGCAUUGAUGACAUUCUGGCUAUUACAGGCUUCAACACUUGCCUUGGGAUGGCUUUCUCUUCUGGUUCUACCCUGUACAAUGUGCUCCGUGGAGUGCUGGAGGUUGCUGUUGGCACAGCAGCUGGGGGGAUUCUGGGAAUGUUUGUUCGGUAUUUCCCAAGCCACGAUCAGGCAUCUCUGGCGUGGAAGAGGACAUAUUUUGUACUUGGGCUGUCCAUGUUUGCCGUUUUUGGCAGCAUCUACUUUGGCUUCCCUGGAUCAGGAGGGCUCUGCACAUUAGUCUUAGCUUUUGUUGCAGGUGUGGGAUGGUCUGAUGAAAAGAGGGAAGUAGAAAAAAUUGUUGCAGUUGCAUGGAAUAUCUUUCAACCUUUUCUUUUUGGUUUAAUUGGAGCAGAAGUAUCUGUUACAUCUCUUAGGCCUGAAACUGUUGGGCUCUGCGUUGCUACAAUAGGCAUUGCCCUAGUUGUGCGAAUCAUAGCAACGUUCCUGAUGGUGUGUUUUGCUGGGUUUAAUUUCAAGGAGAAAGUAUUCGUCUCACUGGCGUGGAUUCCCAAAGCCACUGUCCAGGCUGCAAUAGGUUCCCUUGCCCUGGAUACAGCAAGAAGUCAUCAGGAUGAACAACUGGAAAAGUAUGGAAUGGAUGUACUGACAGUAGCUUUCUUGGCUAUCUUGAUCACUGCUCCAAUUGGAGCCCUGGGUAUUGGCUUGGCAGGGCCCAGACUUUUGCAGAAGGCUCAGACAAAUAGCAAGGAAGACGAGGAAGGUGCUGAGGUUGGAGAAGCCGCAGAGGCCUGUGAACCUUCGUAAGAGACGACUACAGGAAUAUGGUCCUUCAGCUCUUACACCUCUGUUGAGUAAACACAGCGUGUCUGUAAUCCUUCUGGAGGAAACCAAAACAAGUAUCAAUCAGUUAUGUCUGCUAUUUUAAAAGCAGCCCUGGUGGAGUUUUAUAAAAUAUUUUUAUGUGUUGAUGGUGCCUUCAGAGAUUAAACAGCUGAACAUACAGUGAAUAGGCUGGCCAGGCAGUGAGUCACUGAGAAGUUAGCAGUCAACAGUUACUUGAAAUGUGUGGGUGUGAGGCCAGGGAGAGGAUCAGAAUUGUUCAGGCAUGGAGUGGAGUCACGAGGUGGAAUAUAUUCACAGAAGAAAAUGGAGGCUAAUGUGAAUAACUUCUUGAUGGUGGAAACUGGGCUGUGAGAUG